ACACUCCAAGCACAAAAACAUUAAAUUAUUACAAAACGUCUCCUUCACUGUCUCCACCGCCGCCUCCGCCGCCGCCGCCGCCAAAGGGUGGAGCCAAUUGUCUUGGUGAGUUUUUAAGAGAGAUGUAAUUAAGAGUUGGAUUAGAUUAAAAUGAGGUGAGUGAGAUAUGGUGGGUUUAAGUAUAGUUCUUGAUAAUUAUAAUUAUAAAAAUAAAAAUAAAACACCACAAGUUAUUAAUAAAGCUACUAUGAAUUUGAUGAUGAUCAAUAAAUUACCUUCUUCAUCAUCAUCAAAUUUUAAAUUCCCAACUUUUUUGGAGCAAUGUUUUCUCUGUGGACAGAAGCUCAUGCCUUGUAAAGACAUCUACAUGUACAAAGGAGACAGAGGUUUUUGUAGCGUGGAGUGUAGGUGUAGACAGAUUUUUAUGGAUGAAGAAGAGGUUUUAGAGAAAGAAAACUGUUCAUUUGCUGCCAUGAAGCCAUCAACUUCCGCUUCUCCGCCGCCGCCGUCGUCAACUUCCGCUUCUCGCCACCGUAAAAGCGGCAAAAACCGGCCGGGGGGUUUUGCAUAUUGAGAGAGAGAAAGAAUGGUGGAGCUUAUCUUGAGUAGAUUUGGUUUCAGCUUUUUACCCUUGUGUAUUUCUUGUAAUGACAUUUAUGUCAUAUGUUUCUCUCUCUAAGAGUGUUUCUCUCUCUAGGAGUGUUAAUUUUGCUACCUGGUAUGAAGCCAAAAGGGUAUUUUAGAGUAUGGGAGCCCAUAAUUUUGCAAUGUUGGUUUUGUUUUUGGCCAAAAAGACAAUAUAUGAGAUUAUGAGAGGAUUGGAUGAAA